UUUUGGUGAAUUUACUAACUUUACAGCCAAAAAAGUAGCGUUUAAAAUUAUUUAUAUUUCUUUUGAUGCAUAGAUCUUGUUUAUUUUGUUAUAUACUAUGAGAUCUGUGAGUUUAAGUGGAUUUAGAGAAACAGUUUUGGAGAUAUUUUGACUGGAAAAGCAGACUUCGCAUCAAUCACCCGGCAUUUUAGAGGAAGUCUUUUGAAAUUGUAGCGGCAUUGUGAGUCUCAAGUCGUCCAACAUUCAACCGAUCUCGAUUUUGUCCGAUUUUAAAUCAACCAAAGGGUGCUUCAAGGCUAUAAAAACAAGACCAAAAGUUACUGGAACAUCUUAACAAUUGUGUUUGAUGUUAUUUGAUAGUUGGAUUGGCUGGAACACGCAGUUUGGGAGACUUUUUGAGCACUGGAUGACCAUACGUAGAACCAUUCCCUUGGAAAGUCAAUGCCCUUGCUAAAGAGAAAGCCGUUUACCCCUGAAAAUCCGCCAGCAGACCUCAAACCUAGUGAUGAAGUCUUCGUUUGUGUCCAUACAAAUGAAGUUUUUACAGAUUACGAGUCAUUCUUUAAACGAACAAUCCUGUGUAACAGCUUGGUUUGGAGCUGCAAAUUUACUGGCAAAAGUAACCUCACUUAUUCUGAAGCCUUGAAAUCCGAGCGUCAAGUAAUCAAACAAGGGAAUAGCUUGUCUUCUCCUUUACAACGAGCGACACUUACGCUUGUUCACAACAUCCAACGUGGUCGACUAGCUAAUUUAUGCGAUGAAGUAUUCUCAUAUCUAAAAGAUCGGUACCAAGAGGGUGAAGAUGUCGAAGUACAGCAUUCAGGAAAAAGGAGGAAAGGAAAAGUUCAGAAGGUAAUUGAACAUGAAGAACUUCCCAAUGGAGUUGAGAAGGUGACAUCACCCAAUUYCAGGAAGCAUGGUUUAAGUUCUGGAAAAGAUAAAAAAACAGAGAAAUCAACUAGUACUCCAGGAAAAAUUCGGAAAGGAAGUGAUGGUGGUGGAAAGUCCAGGAAAUCUAGUGAAAGUUCUUUAGCAUCUCCAGGAAAAUCAAAGUCAGCACCAGAGUUUCUUGAAAUACCAGACACACCUGAGAAAGGAAGCUUAGGUUCAGUAUCACCAAAGUCACCCAAAAAAUUACUUACUCCAAAACAAAAACACUUUUCUACGAACGAUAAGCAGACAAUAUCCUCACCUACUUCAAAAUYAUCUAAUGAACUUGAUGAGGAUGAUGAUGUUAUGAUCAUUGAGGACAGUAAUACUAAUAGUGAAACUAAACAAAAAGAAGAAUCACUGCUAAAKUCACCAAAAAACAAGAAUGCUGAAUUUUGGCCURAUCCCAAAACUUACAAAUAUGCUGUACAACUUUAUCAUGACAAAAGUUCCAAGAAAAAAGAUGCCAAAGAGGUUGUGAUUGUAGAUUUUAAUCACAUUUGUCGUAAGAAAGGGUCUUUUACUAGAGACAAGUUGAAAAACUUUUUGAAAUUGUCRUGUGAACGCAGCAGUCAAAACUCAGAGGGAUUCUACUAUGUUAUAGCUGAAUACAGGAAAAAGUUUGAUCUUGAAGAMCCUUCAUUUGAAAUACAACUUGAUUCUCCUCCCAAGAAAUCUAAAAAGAGAAAGUCCUCACAGCAUGACGAUGGUGGAGAAACAAGCUCAGGGAAGAAGAAAAAAGCCAAAACUGAUGGCAAAUCAAGCAAAGAUGAUACAAAGUCAAAGAAAAAGAAAAUCAAUGGAGCACAGUCAAAGAAACUUACCCAUGAACAGAAGCUGCAGCUCAUAGAAGAGGAGCGAGAGAAACGGCGCAAGGCAAUAGAAGAAGAUAAAGAGAAAAGAAAAAUUCAAAAAGAGCAAGAGAAAAUUGUCAAUCAAAAGAGACGAGAAGAGCAGAAAGAAAGAAGAAAAGUAGAAAAAGAGCAGUUAAGAGAGCAGAAAAGACAAGAAGCAAUACAAUUGAAGGAAUGGAGUCGACCCAGAGAAGAUCUUGAACUGGAUGAUCUCAAGGAUCUUCCAGAACCCCAACCUGUGCAAGUCAAGAUUGCUAAUGAGCUAUUUGGUGAUGCAGUUAUGGUGGUAGAGUUCCUGUAUGUCUUUGGAUCAUUAUUUGACAUGAAGGAUGAAUUCCCUUCCUCACUUAGYUUUUGUAAGUAUUAUUGCAUAAUUUAAUGCAAGUUAGUAUUGUAAGCCAUCAACUU